UACUCCAUCUGUUUUGUAUACCUAAUAUUUAUAUUUUUGAAUGUUUUUUUCAGAUACUGUCGUCCAUGUGAUAUCACCAUUUUCCAGAGGACUAAAUCUCUGUAGAGUGAGAAGGACAUCUUACACCAUGGAUGGAUUCUGCCCCCGAUUCUGCCUUCUCUAUCUGCUCCUGAUCCUCUUGAUGAGAUCUGGUGACAUUGAAACCAAUCCAGGUCCUAACACUGCAGUAAGUACUGUCAGUGACAUGGAGUUCCUGAAGCUGGCCAAGGAUAUCCAACCAUCUUACUACAACGCUGUAGGGACAUCUCUAGGUUUCUCCUAUGCUCAGCUAGAGAACAUCCUGAUUCAGAAGUCAAAUAGCCAUACCAACGCAUUUUUUGAUGUAUUCAUGAAAUGGAAUGUCAUGCAGCAACCUCCACACUCAAACAAACGGCAGCUUUUGGCAGACAAACUACGAGAGAUUGACUUGGGUGGCUUAUCAGACAGAUUACUCAAUGAACCAAACAGCAAAGGAGGGCCAUCAAGACUGCUCGAAUCACAGACCAAAUCUCCUUCUGCUGGAUCUCAGACCAAACCACUUUCUCCUGAACUGGUUGAGCGGUGUGCAAAGGAUUUCAAGUUCAAGUACAGGUCAACUCUCUGUAAGAUCAGAGCUGAUCCUCUCGAUCCUGCUUCCAUUGUGCAGUUUAAAGACAUGUAUACUAAUCUCUUCUUACUAGAAGAACAUGGAAAACAGAAGCGAAAGCUAGAUUACAAUUAUAUCCUUGAUCUCAAAGUCAAUGGAGAGUUCCCCAAGCGGAUCAUGGUUCAGGGAGAGGCAGGGGCUGGAAAAACUACAUUUUGUGCUAAGAUUGCCUGGGACUGGAUUGAAGGGAUUCUUGGUUACCACUCGCCCUUGGAAAGCAGUAGAGAUCAGAUCAGAUGGUGA